CAGGGGUUAAAUUGAGUUAGAGGGCAAUAUUAGAGGGAUUUCCUCGUUUCAGGGGUGGCCUGGUUUCACUGUGCCUCUGUGUUCCACACACUUACAUCUGGCAAUUUGGCUUACGUCAUAAUUAUGAAUCGCCCACUUGAUCGGUUUUACUUAUAUACUAGCAGAAUGUGUGGGCAUAUCAAAGGCACUGACCAUACAUUAGUAUGUACAGUUGUAAACUACUGAACAUCGGGGAUUUAUUAAACUGGUUCGUGUGGGCUGGCAAACUGCCCUGAGACCUACGUACUCCAAAGGUGCAGUCGAGUCUUUGCUGAUCCAUGGACACACACAAGAACUUGGGCUUUUCCUGAAAAUAACAUGUAACAAUAGACCAUGUGAUGCCUUGUGGUUGACACCAUUCAAGCCCAUAUUAUGAAUAUUAAACUACGGAUUUAUUGAACGCAGUUUGCGUCAUUGUCUCAUGACCUCACACCACAUUCAUGUAACAGUCCAACUUUAUGCGCGGUAUAUCUGCUGAAGUAGAUACAUUAUAUAUACAGUAUCUGUCAUGCUAUGCUCUCUGCUCUGUCCACAGGACUUAAGUAGGUUAGGUAGGGACAUCAGAAAAGUGGUCAUUAUCGACAAUUCUCCACAGUCCUACAUAUUUCAUCCAGACAAUGCAGUCCCGGUGACGUCGUGGUUUGAUGACCCAAACGACAGUGAACUGCUCGACCUAAUCCCCUUCUUCGAGGCUCUAGACAAAGUGGACAAUGUUCUGACGGUGCUUGGCCGCAGUCAGUUACAGACUCCCUCCCCCACCUCCUCACAGAACGACCCUAGUUUCCACGACCCUCAGCAAGAGGAACUGUGACCUACUCCACGUAGUAUAUACCUCUCUUCCUCCCUCCUUCCCUCUCUCCCUCUCCCUAUCUCUCUUACUCUCUUCCCCUCCCCCUCCCCCCCCCCUCUCUCUCUCUCCUCUUCCCAUCCUUCUGUCAUGAUAAAUCUAUAGAUCUCUAAUAUACAACUUUUCCCAUUCUCUCCUACCCAACCACAGCACCACUAUCUAUUAUUUUUGUAAAACUUUUUUUCAAUCUAUUUUUUUCUACCUGUGUUUCUAUAUUAUACAUGUUUAUACUGGUGGAAUUAUGUCUGUUUUAUAAAGUGUCUGAAUGUUCACUUAUGUUUAUGGAUAAUUAUAAUAUACAAAGUAUAAUUAUUAUACUAAAGUGUGUGUUUGUAGUUUUGUACUGUAUGUCAAAAUGCAUCACAGGUGGUGCUUUUUAUGAAAAGCAACGUUCCCAAGUUUUCCCAAACAGUUUUAAUGGC